AUGGUUGGCAUGGUUGCCCAAGAUCCUAUGCUGAGUGAUACGAUUAUCGGCUUUGGAAUUCGAUGCAUUUGUGAAUCGAUUGGUAACUUCUAUGCGUUGGACUCAUUCGCACCGUCAUUGCGAUGCCCGAGGCCACCUGAAAUCCCUAUUGAGAGCUGCAAGUACGUUGUGUUGCCUGUUCAUUUGAGCGACAUACACUGGGGUGUGAUUAUUGUCGACAUUUCAUACCGGACGGUGAUGGCGACAGUCACACCGUAUUUCUACGAACCAUUGUGCUCUACGGCAUACAACGACACUCUCCAGCACACCUACGAGACAGUAGUGGCCGAGUUUUUGAAAGUUUGGCACGAUUCUGCCUUGCCGGGAGAGCCAUAUCCAAUCGUAGAGGAGAAUGUGUGGCUUUCAGGACCGAAGCAGCCAGACGGAACUUCUUGCGGAGUGCUAGUUCUCGCCCAAGUGUACACGAUGCUUAAAAAUACCUUGCUGUUUACCCGAUGUGCUGUCAGCCAGGACGACGUCACUAUUAUGCGUCUCCGCAUUAUGUGGAUGAUCUUAAGGCAACCCGAGGUGACCACGAGAGAAAACAAAGUAGCAAAGGCUGUCCAAGACACAGAUAUUGAGUUACUGGCGACAAUUAAGACGUAA